CAGAGGAAGGACGACAGGAACAAAGAUGGCACUGCUAAGUUUACUCGUCUGUUUCGGUUUGAUUUGUGCAGCUUCAUCUCAGGGCCCAGUGGUGGACCCCAGAGGAGCUCGUCCGGUGGAGCAAGGCACCAGAACUGAGAAGUGUGCUUCUCAGCGGGAGUGGCCUUUCUGCACAGACGAUGAAUGGGGCUCUAAAUGCCCGUCGGGCUGCAGGAUCCAGGGUCUGAUGGAUAAAUACGACCAUAGCCUGCUUAGGAAGAUCGAGAAAAUCCGCAGCCUCCUGGACGAGAACAAGGUCAAGCAGCGCUCCGCCGACCAGGUGUCCAAACAGACUUACGACUACCUGAAGGAGAAACUCAUCCUCGAGUCUGGUAAUGAUAACAACUACUAUGACCUGGCCCAGAGUCUGCGUCAGAAAAUCACUGACCUGAAGAUCAAGAUCGACAGACAGCUGAGGAUCCUGGCAGCCCUGAAGGAUCGAGUCAAAGACCAGGUCGUCGAGAUGCAGAGGCUGGAGGUGGACAUCGAUAUCAAGCUCCGUUCCUGCAAAGGAUCCUGCAUUCGUUACUCCGAGUACCAGGUGGACAGGGAGAGCUACGUGGCACUGGACAAACAGAUCAAUCAGCUGGACAGCCAAUCGGCUCAGAGCAUUGAGACUGUGGGGACGCUGUACGUGAUGAAGAGCAGACCACUGCAGGACGUAAUAGUGGACAGCAAGUACAAGUCCAAGGAUGGUAGCACAGUGGCAGCACAGCUGAAGGAAGACAUGUUCCCUGACGUUAACACAGUCGCGUUGAUCCUAGAGGAGGAAGGCUCCAGCUCAUCCCCAGCAACCAUCUCCAAGGUCCCAGGUACUUCCUACUCUCCGUCUACAUCCUCAUCAUCGUCCUCCUCUGCUUCCACCUCCUUGUCCUCCUCCUCCACAUCAUCUAAAUCAAUUACUGAGCUUGGAGGACAUGGUGAUGUAUUUGGAGCGGGCGGAGGUUUUGAAACUCUCCCUCAGCCGAGUACAAGCCAUGUGUCCACCAAAAGCGUCUCCUGCACCAAGAGCAUCAGGAGGACCGUCGUCCACACAAAGGAUGGGCCGGUGGAAAGGACGGAGGAGGUAAUAGGGGGAGGCCCAGAGUGCCAGGGCUUGACAGACCUCACCAAGGGAGGUUUGAGCUCCUUGUUCCCAAGCCUUGGCACCACAUCAUCAUUCUCCUCCUCCUCGUCCUCCUCCUCCUCUUCUGUGACCACCAAGAAUGUCCAAGCCAGUGGUGCCAAGGGAAGUCUCUUAGGAGAUACCAAAACUGGGUUGGGGGAUCCAUUCGGGGCUGAAGUCGGGCACGACCUCGGCUUAUUUCUGACGGAAGAUGGAGAGGAUGACGUUCCUGAUUUCCAUGCCCGGAGUGUGAAGAGCACGCGUAUCGAGCGGCAAGCCGAUUAUGUAGGAAAAGAUUGUGUCGAAGCCUACCAGAACCACCUGAAAGGGGAAACGAACGGCCUGUUUAAGAUCAAACCUGAUGGCACGGACUCCACAGAGGUAGUGGAGGUGUACUGCCAGCAGGAGGGGCUAAUGGGUGGGUGGUUGUUAGUCCAGCAAAGAGAGAGUGGCGCGCUCAGCUUCAACCGCACUUGGGCCGAAUAUCGCAACGGGUUCGGUUCUGUUGACGCAAAGGGCAAGGGGGAGUUUUGGCUAGGCAACCAGAACCUCCACCUGUUGACUAAUCAGAGUGAGACCAUGUUAAAAGUGGAGCUAGAAGAUUGGGAAGGGGGCGUAGCCAGUGCUGAGUACACAAUCAGGGUUGGCUCAGAGGAGGAAGGGUACCCGCUGCAUGUGUCUGGGUACGUUGGAGAUGCCGGUGAUGCUCUGGUGAUGCCUAAAUCUGAUAUGGCGUCUUACCUGUCCCACAUAGGCAUGAAAUUCAGCACCUUUGACAAAGACGAUGACAAGUGGGAGGAGAAUUGUGCAAUAAUGUACGGGGGCGGGUGGUGGUAUAACAACUGCCAGUCAGCUAACUUGAAUGGGAUUUAUUAUAAAGGCACAUACGACCCGGAGAAAAACACACCUUAUGAGAUUGAAAAUGGAAUUGUGUGGGUGACGUAUAAACCGGCCAAUUACAGCCUGAAAACUGUUAGGAUGUUGAUUCGACCAGCUGAGUUUUAAUAGGACAAACGGGGGAAAUGAUUGAACAACAUAAAAUACACACAUUUGUGUAUUCAAACCGUAAAAUCUGGUAGAAUAAUAGGCAACAGGAAGAAAGAAAGAGGAGCAUGAAAUAAAACGUAAAGAUAACAUAAAACAGAAGCGCUCACUGAAGCUGCAGAUGAAUAUCUGAGGCCAAAAAUCAAAGUUGGUUUGAGACCUUUAGUCCGAUGUUCUGUUCGUAAGUCAAGAGAUUUCAAAAUCAUGUCAAACAGUGUCAGUGUGUGACCAUGGGUAUUUUUGUUGAUUCUUCUGUUCAUGUCAGCACUUUGUGUAAAUGUCAUUGACCUGAUUGAUUAUCCAACCUGUGUUCUUGGAACGAUCUGAUGUUUCCACAUUGUUCUCCCUGUUGCUCAACUCUGAACAGAGCAAUGACUGAACUCUGCUCAAUCAAUAAAGAUUCAAUGUUCACUUCA